CAUAGCCACCUUUCAUCAUCCAAACUUCACGCACCAAGAUCAAAAACAUCUAUUCCAAGCAAGUAUUAGUAAUCAUAAACCCAACAUGAAGACCUUCCUCAUCUUCGUCCUCCUUGCCAUGGCGAUGAGCAUCGUCACUGCUGCUAGGCAGCUAAACCCUAGCAAGCAAGAGUUGCAAUCACCACAACAAUUAUAUCCGCAGCAACCAUAUCCACAGCAACCAUAUCCACCACAACAACCAUUUCCCACACCCCAACAAUAUUUCCCCCAUCAAUCACAACAACCAUUUUCCCCACCACAACAAUCAUUUCCCCAACCCCAACAAGCAACCCCCCUACAACCACAACAACCAUUCCCCCAGCAACCCCAACAACCACAACAAGCUUUUCCCCAACCCCAACAACAAUUUGCCUUGCAACCACAACAACAAUUUCCCCAGCUCCAACAACCACAACAAUCAUUCCCACAACAACCCCAGAGACCACACCCAUUCCCCCAACAACUAGAACAAGUAAUUUCACAGCAACCACAACAACCAUUCCUCCUGCAACCGCAACAACCAUUCCCCCAGCAACCAGAACAAAUAAUAUCCCAGCAACCCCAACAACUAUUUUCUCAGUCACAACAACCAUUUCCCCAGCAACCCCAACAACCAUUUCCCCUGCAACCGCAACAACCAUUUCCCCAACAACCAGCACAAAUAAUUGCUCAGCAACCUCAACAACCAUCCCCUCUGCAACCACAACAACCGUUCCUCCGGCAACCACAACAAUCGUUCCUCCAGCAACCACAACAACCAUUUCCCCAACCCCAACAAGUAGUACAAAUAAAUCCCCAGCAACCCCAACAACCAUUUUCCCAGUCACGACAACCAUUUCCCCAGCAACCCCAACAACCAUUCCCACUGCAACCGCAACAACCAUUUCCCCAGCAAUCAGCACAAAUAAUUCCUCAGCAACCCCAACAACCAUUCCCUCUACAACCACAACAAUCAUUCCUUCGGCAAUCACAACAACCGUUCCUCCAACAACCACAACAACCAUCUCCCCAACCCCAACAAGUAGUACAAAUAAUUCCCCAGCAACCCCAACAACCAUUCCCUCUGCUGGCAAACCAACCUCAGCAACCUUAUCCACAACAGCAACCAUCAGGAGUAAUGGUAUAGGCAUCGGGGGCCAAGGAAAUGAAGAGCUAUAGUACUAGCCCGGCGGAUCAUCGUUGUUUAGUCAAUUGAGUGUUCAAUGUAACGAUGAUAAAUAAAGUGAUGUGUACCAUCAUGUGUAACCCCGACCUAUACUAGUUCAAACAUGAGAAUAAAAGACAAAGAAAGUUCUUGUCA